UUCAGUCAUGGCUCUAUUGUCGUAGUAUUGUCGUAGUAUUGUCUCAUGCCAAGACUGAGAGGAAAGUGAACUUUGGUAUUGUUCACCUUCACCUUCCUCACUUUUUUUUCUCUGUCUCCUCACCUCACUGACCUCGCUGUCCUAGUGCCACUAUAUAGACCCCGUCCCCGCCUUCUGUUGUUCGAUUCUUUCUCUUCCUCUCCAACUACUUACUCUCUGAGCUCUACAGUCGCGACCUACUUGCAAUUGAACCAGCCUCUAUCUUCUUUGCGUACAAGCAUCUGUAGCGCACACCACGCCAGCUUACUUCAACAUAUCAACACUACUCUCUUCGAUCUAGUCAAUAUGCCUGGAAUGAAGGGCAUCCGAAUGGACGUCAGCGGCCUUGACCUCCCCUACCAGCGCGUGAUCCUUGUGACCAAUUUGGCCAAGACCGCCAACAUCUACGACAUCCAGGACCUAUUCCGCGGAUACGACGUCCUCGACAUCAAGCGCGGUGUUGAUCCUGAGACUGGCGAGCAGACCAUGGUCUAUGUCUUGGUUGGAUCCGUCAACGACGUCGUGCGUGCCAAUGUCGAACUCGACAUGGUCGAAGUCCGUGGCCGUCCAAUCCGCAUCGAGCAUGCCUAUGGUGGUUUCACCAUCGUUGAGAAUGGUGCCUCCCCCGGCGGACAGCUCAAGAUCAACAACGCGCCCGAGACUGGCAAUGCCGACCCUUCGCAGCGUAAGCCUUUCGGCAAGUGGAAUACGCCUCCCCCAAAGCCCGCUCGUCUCAAGUAUACGGCAACUCCUUACGAGCCCUGGACGCUAUUUGACCCCAAGACUCCCAUCUCACCCCACCGCCCAGGCCCCGGGGCCUCCCAGCUUCGUCAGCUCGAGCAGGUCAAUACCCUCCAGUCUCCAGGAAACGGCUCGAAGCCCGCCUUCAAUGGACCUCCCAUGACUCCAUCACGUCCAGAGUUCGAGCAGCCACAUCUGCGUGUCCUGGCCAUUGCCAACUUGCACCACAACAUCAAAAUCAACGACCUUCGUCCCUUCUUCAGCGGCCUUGAAAUCAUCGACUUCAAGCGCAACAUCAAUAAUCGCACCGGUCGUCCUGUUCCUCUUGGCUACGUCUUGUUUCGCACUAUCCAACAGCGUGAUCAAGCUUUAGCUGAGAACAACGGCCGUCUCUUGUUCGGUAGGCCCGCCCGCAUGUCUGUUGGACAGAACAUCACUGUCUGGGAUACUGGAUUCACCAAGCCAACCAAUACCCCCAACAAUGAUUUGUCGAGUCCUCCGCCCUUUCCUAUCUUCAACAACAACUUCCACAACAAUGCUGCUGCUGUGAAUGCCUCACCCGAGCAUCUCUAUCAGCUUGCGAAUGCCUCUAUCAACAAUGGUUCUGCCUUGAACGCUACACCCGGCCAGCCCGUCUUCAACGCAGGAAUCCCCUUCCAGAAUCUUGCUUCUCCUACCCCGAUCCGUGGUCCCGCCGCCCAUUACGGCGUGUCUUUGGGUCACAUGUUCAACAGCAUGCUUAUCAACACCGACAUACCCGUGGACAACAUGGCUGUCAACAACAUGGCUAUCAACAACGUGCCUGUCAACAACGUGUCUGUCAACAACAACAUGACAAUCAACACCGCCAUCGACCUCUACACCAUCCCGCUCCAACACCCCUCCCUCAUCUCUCCUCUCACCCUCGGCUCACCAGCCACGAUGACAUUCCCCAACUCUGCCGGCAACAGCAUCUAUCACACCCCCUUGGAGUCCCCCACCUCAUUCCAGCAUGCCAAUCCCGAGCCCACCACCCCCAUCGCCUCCAGCGAUGAUCUCCGUUCCUCAGCCACCCCUCCUAGCUUCAACUACAACUACUCUUCCUCCCCGCUGUCCAUACCUUCUUCAUCCUCCGCCUCUUCCUGCGCCGAAGACUCCGACUCCGACUCCGCCGGCGGCGUACCCAUCGAGCCCCGCGUCGUCGACUACAACAACACCUUCUCGCGCCUCACCGCCGAUGACGACGAAGACGAGCUCAAGCCCGUGAUGGACGAGCACGAGUACGCGAAGAAGAUGCUCGAGAUGGAGAUGCAGAUGAAGCCGCAGGGCGGCCGCGAGCUUGGGCCUUGGAACCUGCGCGGCCACGACAGCGAGGAUAAGCGGUUCAAUGUUGUUACUGAGAAGGAGUGGUAUGGGUUUGCGCUGUACUUGCAGUGUGGAUUGAAGUUGUAAGUGGUGUCUAUCUCUGGGAUUCCUUU